GUGACAGCCAUUGACAUAUGACCUAGCAAUUUCUUUCUUUUAACAGAAACAAAACGCUUGUUUAUAAAAGUAUUUCAUUCAGGGGAUCUCAUAAAAAUCCCAGACUUCUCCAGUUUAUACAGAAUUUAAAAGAGAAGAAAGACAUGAGUUUGCUUCAGGUGCUACUUAUUUCCGUGUCCGUUUGUAUGGGGGUGAAUGGCUUAGGCUUCCAUCAUCCACGGAAUACGACACAUUCACACCCUACAACUGUAGCAAAACCAACCCAUGUUACGGCAGGAAAACCUUCAGUCAACACACCGACCACCACCAAAACAUACCAUCCAUGUAUUUGCAACAAGAACCACCCACAGCUUGACAUUUUUCAGUGCCCUAACCGUACCAGUCAGCUGAUUGGUUUUCUUUACAUGCAGCCCUCACCGUAUUCCAUAGACCUGAGUUCCAGCCAUUGCAAAGAUUUGGCAAAAUUUGUAAUUUCCCCAAAUGGCUGGUUUCCAGUCACUCACGGUGACAAGAUUGGCUUUAUCAGAAGAGAUGCUGGGACCAGUAUAGAGAUGUGUCCAGGACCCGACGUCUCCCACAUCGGAUUUCAUCCUGAACCAUGUCAGUCAUUCCUAAUUUUUGGGGAGAGCAGCACAGACGUCAGCAAGCACCCUCAUACAGUACCUAAUACUUCCACUCCUAAACCUACUCGUCCCCCUACUACUACUACUACUACUACUACUACUAGAGAUACUACUACUACUAUUAGAGAUACUACUACUGCUGCUGCUACUAAAGAUACUACUACUACUUCUACUAAAGGUACUACUACUACUACUAGUGCUACUACUGCCUCAAUAACUACUAAAAAACCAACUACGCCAAUACCAGUGAUGCCUUCAACAACAAAAGGUCCCAGUGACCACGUAUGCAAUAGUCUUGAAGUUGUCCUUGAAUUGGGUAAACACGAGCCGGUUUACCACGCGCAGGCGCGACUUUGUUCAGGAGGAGACUCCAAAAACGAAGCGGUUGUAAUGAAGUUUUGUUACGCUCCUAGGGCAUCAAAUUGGAUCCAGGGAAGAAAGGUACUAGAUCACUGCUCCGAUAUACCAUCUUACACACCCAUCAAUAUGUACGCCUUUGGUUCAAACAGUAUGAUUUCCGGAAUAUUCAUAAUGUGCACCAAUACCACAGAGUUCACGAUUAUUCAUCAAAAGGAUUGUGUGGAUGGCCUCCACCUAGAAACCAUCGACGUUCAGAAUGGGUCUGGCAUGUUUUACGUCAUCCACUGGUGAUCAACCGCGGAAUGUUGUUCCAAGUUUUAAUAAAUUAUUCUAAAACCGUA